CGCUCGCAGCCGGCCCGGAGCUCCAGCCAUGCUGUUCUGGCACACGCAGCCCGAGCACUACAACCAGCACAGCUCGGGCAGCUACCUGCGUGAUGUGCUCGCUCUGCCCAUCUUCAAGCAGGAGGAGCCCCAGCUAUCCCCCGAGAACGAGGCCCGCCUGCCACCCCUGCAGUACGUGUUGUGUGCCGCCACGUCCCCCGCCGUGAAGCUGCACGAAGAGACUCUGACCUACCUCAACCAAGGUCAGUCUUAUGAAAUCCGACUGCUGGAGAAUCGGAAGCUGGGAGACUUUCAAGAUCUGAACACAAAGUAUGUCAAGAGCAUCAUCCGCGUGGUUUUCCAUGACCGCCGGCUGCAGUACACCGAGCACCAGCAGCUGGAGGGCUGGCGGUGGAGCCGGCCCGGAGACCGGAUUCUGGACAUUGAUAUUCCACUGUCUGUUGGUAUCUUGGACCCCAGGGCCAGCCCGACCCAGCUUAACGCAGUCGAAUUUUUGUGGGACCCUGCCAAGAGAGCGUCUGCGUUCAUUCAGGUGCACUGUAUCAGCACAGAAUUCACCCCCAGGAAGCACGGGGGCGAGAAGGGCGUGCCUUUUCGAGUGCAGAUCGACACGUUUAAGCAGAACGAGAACGGAGAGUACACGGAGCACUUGCACUCGGCCAGCUGCCAGAUCAAGGUGUUCAAGCCAAAGGGAGCUGACCGGAAACAGAAGACCGACCGGGAGAAGAUGGAGAAAAGAACAGCCCAGGAAAAGGAGAAAUACCAGCCGUCCUACGAAACCACCAUCCUCACAGAGUGCUCUCCGUGGCCUGAUGUGGCCUACCAGGUGAACAGCGCCCCGUCCCCCAGCUAUAAUGGCUCUCCGAACAGCUUCAGCCUCGGCGAAGGCAACAAUUCCCCGACCCACCCGGCGGAGGCCCUGCCCGUGGGCAGUGACCACCUGCUCCCGUCCGCCUCCAUCCAGGACGCCCAGCAGUGGCUCCACCGCAACAGGUUCUCGCAGUUCUGCCGCCUCUUUGCCAGCUUCUCGGGUGCUGACUUGCUGAAGAUGUCCCGAGAUGAUCUGGUGCAGAUCUGUGGUCCUGCAGACGGGAUCCGGCUCUUCAAUGCCAUCAAAGGCAGGAAUGUGAGGCCGAAGAUGACCAUUUAUGUCUGUCAGGAGCUGGAGCAGAACCGAGUGGCCCUGCAGCAGAAGCGGGAGGGCAGCGGGGACAGCAGCCUGUGUGUGUACCACGCCAUCUUCCUGGAAGAGCUGACCACCUUGGAGUUGAUUGAGAAGAUCGCCAACCUGUACAGCAUCUCCCCCCAGCACAUCCACCGAGUGUACCGGCAGGGCCCCACGGGCAUCCACGUGGUGGUGAGCAACGAGAUGGUGCAGAAUUUCCAAGAUGAAUCUUGUUUUGUCCUCAGCACAUUAAAAGCCGAGAGCAACGACGGCUACCACAUCAUCCUGAAAUGUGGACUCUGAGCAGAAGUAGGACAUGCACCUGCCUCCAACUCCCAGCCCCACGGACCCCCCUUGGAUGUAGAAAUUGCCCCACUGUCCGCUGCGGCCUCACCAGGCCAGCUGAGGCUAGGAGGGACCCUGCCCAGUCUGUGACG